GCACCUACGAACGCCAGCAACAGCACCAGCAAUCAACCAUGUCGACCGCCAAGCCCACGUACAACGUGAUGGUAUUUGAUGCCAUCAAGACCCUCAAGGAGCGGAACGGAUCCUCCAUCCAGGCCAUCAAGAAGAGCAUCACCGCCACCUACCCUACCCUCAACUUCACGCCGCACCAGAUGCGCGGCGCCCUCAAGAAGGGAGUGGAGUCUGGCAAGUUCAUCAAGAUGAAGGCCUCUUACAAGCUGAGCGCCGAGGCGAAGAAGCCCGCCCCGAAGAAGAAGGUCGUGAAAAAGAAGGUGGUGAAGAAGGUCGUCAAGAAGAAGGUGCCGAAGAAGAAGGUGGCCAAGAAGCCCGCUGUCAAGAAGACCACGACCAAGAAGCCCGCCGCCAAGAAGGCCAUCACCACCAAGAAGACCGUCACUAAGAAGAAGCCCACAACCGCCAAGAAGCCCGCUUCUAAGAAGACCACCACCAAGAAGAAGCCCUCCACCCCCAAGAAGAAGGCUGCCGCUCCCAAGAAGGCAUAAGCUCAUCGUCGUUUCGAGUUUUGUCCCGUCCAACGCGAACCCCUCGCCGCACGAGGUUCGCGAUUGAUUCCGGCAACCUGGUGUUUCCUCAACACCACCCACCAGACGGGAGAGAUGAACGUGUGCCACGGGUUUUUUUCCGCCUCUGUUUCCUGAACGGGUUCUUCCUGUGGUUGGCAUUCAUAU